AUGCAUCUAUUUAGCCUAGUGGAGCUUACCUCGCUGCUCUCGGUAGCAGCGGCGGGAUCGAUUCUUUUUGAAAACGGGACCGUCAUCACCUUCGACAACAAAACACAGAAGAACGUCAUUCUUUACAAUACUUCUGUUUUGGUAGUUGGCGAUACUAUUGCCGCAAUCAUGGCGAAUGGUGCCCAGCCAAGUGACCUUCCGGCAGACGUCGAGAUCAUCCCCACGGAUGGAAUGAUCCUAUCCCCAGGUUUUGUUGAUACGCAUCGCCACACUUGGCAGACAACCUACAGGACGAUUGCCUCAAAUACUACGCUAGCUGAAUACUUCUCCCGAUACAGCCCCUUCUCUAAUGUGCUCGGCUUGUUCUCACCGGGGGACUUCUAUCUUUCUCAGAUGGUUGGUCUGUUUGAGGCCCUGAACGCCGGGGUCACCUCUCUUCUGGAUCACUCGCACAACAUCGCUGCCAAGGAGGAUGCCGACGCGGCUCUUGAUGCUUAUCUCGACAGCGGUGCCAGAGUCUUCUUUGGCUAUAAUUUCGAUCCACGGGGCAACUUUUCGAUCCCAGAUAGGGCUGCUCACUUCCGAGAGCUCCAGAAAGACUCACGCUUAUCCGGUAGCGCUGUUACGAUCGGUUUAUCCUGUGACGCCUGGCACGGUUUGAACGAGCCCAAUCUUAAAAUACUCGUUGAUUUGCUCAGGAACGAUAAUGUUUCUGUUCUCACUUCGCAUUGGCUGGAUGGAAUCUGGAAUGCUGCCCAUCGCCCAUCCUUUUUUGAAGAACUGGGACUACUAAAUCAGAGCUUCCCAAUUGUCCUCUCACACGCCACGUUUAUCCAGCAAACCGAAUACGACCUUCUCAAGAAGUACAACCACUACAUCUCUAUCACGCCUGAGUCCGAGAUGCACUUUGGCCAUACUAAUUACGAAAGCGACUUCGUUAUGGAUCAAGCCUCCCUCGGUGUAGACACCCAUGCGACCUAUUCUGGUGAUAUUAUCACUCAGGCCAGGAUUUGGCUGCAAAGCGUAAGACUGCGCUCAUUCAAACGGACUUUGGAUGAAAUGAAGAUCCCUCGGACAAGCCCUAUGUCCGUCAACCAGGCUUUUCACCUAGCCACUCGUGCCGGAGCCCAGGCGCUUCGCCGUAACGACCUCGGCGUCAUUGCUGUCGGAGCCAAAGCCGACAUUGUUGCUCUCGACGAAGUCCGUAACUUGUUAUUAACGCGAGAGAUUCUUUCAUCAUGCAGCAAAAUUCGACAUCUCAAAUGCGACGAGGAGAAGCCUACCUGCUGCCGCUGCCGCAAGGAUCAUGUCCGGUGUGAUGGUUAUGCUCCGCCAAAAUCGAUAUCGAUGGCGAAGAACAAACAAGCCGAAGCCCAGAACACAGAGCCGUUGUCGCUUGUUGCUAUCAGUCCUCUUGUGACGGAUACUCCCCUCGAGAAAAGCUAUUUUCACCAUUUCUAUCACUGGACCUGCAAGCAACUUUCCCUUGCGCCGGGAUCUUCCAACUUUUGGAUUCGACAUGUUCUUCCGUUAUCUCAUACCAGCGAGCCCAUCAAGCAUGCUAUUAUCGCCGUCGCUGCUGCUCACCAAAUGUUCAUGGCAGGCCAUGAUCCUCGCUCACCUCAACAUAUGAGAGUCCUCACAACACAGUAUACCAAGGCCGUUUCUCGAAUCAUCCCACACAUGUCGGUUGAUUCGGUUGACAGUAUUCAAUGUGCUUUGGUCUGCUGUCUUCUCUUCAUCGCCUUUGAAGGUAUUCUGGGUCGAUACGCCGAAUCUGUCCGACACCUUCGAGCAGGUAACCGUCUCCUCACACUACCAGCGCUCGCCUACCGUAAAAUGGACCACCCUCUCACCAGAAAGCUCAACGAGAUAUUCUCAAUUUUGAGUCACGAAGCAUCAAACUUUAUGGAUGAGCCCAUCAUACCCGAUACGCAACAGAGGUGGGCUACGGCUCAGAUCCGAGCUAGCAGCGACACUUCUUCAGUGCCGUUCUAUGAUUUAGACGAGGCCGCCUACGAGUUGCGUGAAUUGAAUCUCCUUUUCACGAAAAUCAGCAAACAAGAUUUCCGUCGGAUUUCAGAGCUUGCGGGUGGACAAGAUCAAUGCUGCAGUGAGCAUGCCAAUGCUUCAUUUGAAGAGCUGCAAAGGAGAUUCAGGCAAUGGAUUACUCGCAUUGAACUGACCACAGCAGUCCUGGGUCACCCAAAGCCCCCUCACCCGGCGGCUAAUCAGCUCCUGAGCCUUACUUUGGCACAAAAGUUCUGGUGCAUGAACGCGUACUUUGCACCUGAGAUAUCCGAGGACCCAAUUGCUGAUUUUCUCGAUGCGGCGGAGUCAUUGGCGAAAUCACUCACUAAUCGAGAUCAUUUCACCUUCUCUUUAGAAGGCGAUCUUGUUUCCAGCCUCUCCUUUGUCGUCCGGGUGUGUUCAGACACAGAGACACGAAACCGUGCUCUCAGCUUGUUACGGUCUCUCAACCGGCGGGAGGGCAUUUGGGACAGUAGAGAGAUUGUGCAGAUGCACGAAGCGACAUUGUCACUCGACAAUCACGAGUCGUGGUAUGAGAGAGAGGUCCCUGGUGGCAUACCCGGUUACGUGGCAGAGUUGGCAAGAAUUUCGACUAGAAUCGAUUCCGCAAAUUCCAUCCUCCUGACAGCAAGGCACAACAACGCCUAA